AUUGCCGAUUCCUUUGACGGAGCGUGACCUUCCGGUCUCGGAGCCCUCGCUCGGUGGAUUCCUUCUUCAGCUCCUCCUCUACGCCAUCAAUUCCAACCGAAGCGCAUCCGCCGCUGUUAAGAUCACGAUUCGCAUAUGAUAGUUAAACGCCUAUUUGACAAGAUCAUGAAGCCGCAUACAGAAGAGCACGGAUGUAGGUUAAGUGGCCUCGACCUUCAAAUUGCAAGCCACUAUGGUAUUCCUUAUACUACUAGUAUCUUGGCUUUUGAUCGUGUACAAAGGCUAUUGGCAAUUGGUACCUUGGAUGGUAGGAUAAAAGUUAUUGGAGGAGAUAAUAUUGAGUGCCUUCUGAUAUCUCCAAAGAAGGUUCCUUACAAGUAUUUAGAGUUUCUACAUAAUCAAGGGUUUGUUGUUGGUGUUACAACUGAGAAUGAAAUUCAGGUUUGGAAUCUGGAGCUCAGACAACUUGUUCAUUCUUUUCAAUGGGAGGCUAAUGUAACUGCUUUUUCUGUAAUAUUUGGAACCUACUUGAUGUAUGUUGGAGAUGAGAACGGGCUGUUAUCUGUAAUAAAAUGUGAUGAAGAAGACGGAAAGCUUUUAAAGUUGCCAUAUCAACUCUCUUCUGCUGAUCUAUCUGUUGAUAUCUCAUUUGCUGGUACUCAGUCAAUUGUUGGAAUUCUUCCCCAGUCUGAUACGUCUUCCACUAGAAUGCUGGUUGCAUAUGAAAAGGGACUAUUAGUUCUUUGGGAUGUCAACAAAAGAGAAGCUGUUAGUUCUGGAGGUCACAGUGCUCUGAAAGUAAGGGUUGCUGAUGGCACUGAUUCUCUAACUGGAACUGGUGAUUACAUUGAAAGCAUGGUUGCCAAUCAUGAAGAAGAAAAUGAAAUUUGUUCUCUUUGCUGGGUAUCUGCUAAUAAUUCCAUUGCGGCUGUGGGUUACAUUAAUGGAGAUGUGUUGUUGUGGGACUUCACAUCUAAUUCCUUAACAAAAAGGCAACAAUCUGGGAAACAGUCCAGUAAUGUGGUUAAGCUGCAACUAGCAUCAGCAGAACGUAGACUUCCUGUCAUUGUCUUACACUGGUCAGCCAAUUCCAAAGGAAGUAAUGAAACAAGAGGGCAGCUUUUUAUCUAUGGCGGUGAUGAGAUUGGAUCUGAAGAAGUUUUGGCAGUUCUUACUCUUGAAUGGUCCUCUGGAGUAGAGACUUUAAAGUGCAUCUCACGUGUGAACCUGAAUCUUAAUGGAUCCUUUGCAGAUAUGAUUCUGAUCCCAAAUGACAGUAUAUCAGACAGUUCCACUGCUGCUCUUUUUGUAUUAACGAACCCUGGCCAGUUGAGUGUCUAUGAUGGUAAUAUCUUAUCUGAGUUAAACUCUGAUGGGGACCCAUCUGUUUUUGCUGAAAAUUUUCCAGUAGUGGUGCCUACCAUUGAUCCAAAUAUGACUGUGAAUAAACUUUGUUUGCUACCCAAAGGCAGCAACUCUUUAAAAGUUUUAUUCAAGAAAUUUCGUAUGGGAAGGUUACCUUCUCAUACCUUAUCUAUGGGCACAAAGUGGCCUCUUACUGGUGGGGUUCCUCCUGAAGUGUCCUAUGAAGAUUAUGAGGUUGAAAAUUUUUUUAUAGCUGGUUAUCAAGAUGGAUCUGUGAGAAUAUGGGAUGCUACAUAUCCUGUACUGGUUCUGAUGUUUGUGUUAGAAGGAAAGCUGCCAGCUAUGGAAGUGGAGGUGACAAUUCCUGCAGUAACAGCUCUUGCCUUUUGUCCUUUGAGUAUGACCUUGGCUAUCGGCGAUGAAUGUGGUUUGGUUAGGAUCUAUAAACUUCAAGAAAACACCAAUGGAUCAAGCUUUCACUUUGUGACCCAGACAAACCAGGAAGGUAAUAUCCUCCCACAGCCCAAUCAAAGCAAAUUAUUUGCAUGUUAACUGUGAGAUCCUGAG